GUCUUGAGGAUGACCAGAAAAAUCUUCACCAACAGCAGGGAGAGGUGGAGGCAACAAAAUGUCAACAGUGCCUUUGCCAAGCUGAGAAAGCUGAUACCCACCCAUCCUCCUGACAAAAAGUUGAGCAAGAAUGAGACUCUUCGCUUAGCCAUGAGGUACAUCAACUUCCUCGUCAAGGUCCUUGGGGAUCAAGGGCUGCAGCAAACAGGUGUGAAUCCACGAGAAAGGAUACUGGGCCUGUUCCAGCAGAAUCCACAUUUGGAACGCAUGGAAGAACUCACUCUCCUUGAAGACUCUGAGGUCCCUUCUCCCAAUACAAGCAGCAACAUCCCAGAAUGCUGGUCAGAAACAUCAUCUCCAUAA